CACUUCAGCCACUUUGGCAUCCUUCCUGGACUUACAGAGACCGAAUCCACUGCUUCUUGCUUUGCUCACAGGCGAUGGUUAUCCACAGAGGCUGUUUUGACUGUACUUCAGCGUAGAGCGACACUUACUCAUCCACAUUUUUCUCCUGCUUUUUUUUCUCUCCUUGUUAGUUUUUUUUUUCGAUUCUCACAACAGCGGAUUGUUCCGAGAAAAAAAAGCUGCUGCAAGCAACUUUUCCCUGCAUAUUUCCCCCCCUACCAGAAUAUGUCGUUGACCAACACAAAGACGGGCUUUUCUGUAAAGGACAUUUUGGACCUUCCAGACACGAAUGACGAGGACGGAUCUAUCACCGGAGCGGAGGAAGACACGGAGGGAUCGGAGACCGCAUCCACGACGAAAAGCGCUGGAGUUUUGGUGCAAAGUCCUCUAGAAAACGUUCAAAAUCUGCCUUUAAAGAACCCCUUUUAUGACAGUACUGACAAUCCCUACACACGAUGGCUUGCUACCACGGACAGUAUUCAGUAUUCAUUGUUUCUCCCGUUUCUUGUCGCAGUGCACGGUCUGUCCGCCAGCUCGCAGGACUCGGCCAAGUCCCCGGAGCCGUCCGCGGACGACGAAUCCCCCGACAACGACAAGGAAACCUCCAGCAGCGGCGGCAGCGACUCGGGCAAGAAGCGGAAACGGAGGGUGCUGUUCUCCAAGGCGCAAACAUAUGAGCUGGAGCGCCGCUUCAGGCAGCAGAGGUACCUAUCCGCCCCGGAGAGGGAGCACUUGGCCAGCCUCAUCCGCCUCACCCCGACCCAGGUGAAGAUCUGGUUCCAGAACCACCGGUAUAAGAUGAAGAGAGCCCGGGCCGAGAAAGGUAUGGAAGUGACCCACCUCCCUUCUCCUCGGCGGGUGGCCGUGCCCGUCUUAGUCAGGGACGGGAAGCCUUGUCACACUCUUAAAGCUCAGGACUUGGCGGCCACUUUUCAGGCCGGGAUCCCCUUCUCGGCGUAUAGCGCUCAGUCGCUCCAACACAUGCAGUAUAACGCGCAGUACGGCGCCGCGGCCACACCGCAGUUCCCCACAGCGCAUCACUUGGUGCAAACGCAACAGUGGACUUGGUGAGAAAAAUUAUAGAGACUUGGCUUGGAGGGCGGGCAGUAGGGAGUUUCACGGCAAAGAAAGAAAGGAAAAAAACACAACAAAAUAAAAAAAAACAAAAAAGACUUUUCAUUUUUGCAGCUUGACUCAUAUAUAUACUACCAUUUUUAUUCGGGGCUCAUGUGUGCGCCGUGUUUACAUGUUUUCGUUAAGAGAACUGGGUCCAAACCUCUCCCUUAUAGAUUUUAUUAAGAAAUGUCAAUGCUCUUCUUGUGACAUAUUUUUUUUUGUAAAGUAUGUUGUGUGUUGGUUGUAGAGAUGUUUUACUUUUUCUUUUCAUUUUCUUUUCUUUUAUCCCUUCGUGUUAUUAUCAGCACGUGCGAACCACUUUAUAAUUAUAGAAAAAAAAUUUAAUUUCUUGCUUCUUUUAUGGACCGAAAAAAAUAUUUAUGGCCAUGAAUAAAAACUGGCAAAUUUUCA